UCGAAAGUGGAACUUGAGAGUUUGUCUGACUUCGGAGCGAGAGGAUGAUGGCCGAGGGCGAAGUGCCUUACCGCUUUCCGCUUGUGGUCGAGGGGAACUGGGAUUGCAGCCUUACCAAAACUCUGAAGAACAAGCUCCUCUGUUACUUCCAAAGCCCGAAGAGAUCGGGAGGAGGGGAAUGCAAGAUCCAUGUAGAUCCCGGCAGAGAAGAGCAGAUCACGGUGUAUUUCGCUCAGGAAGAGGUGAGAAAGAGUGUUCUUAAUAUUAAGAACCAUGAACUCAGUCUGCCAGAAAUGAAGACAUUGAAGUUAACUGUCUCACUGCCUUCAGUAGAAGUAGCAUCUAAUAACAAUGUGCCUCUGGAAGAACAAGAUCUAAGCCAGAGGCCUGUGAUAGCUAAAGAAACCCAUCAACUUGAUUGCACAGAAAAGGAAGCAGGAAAAAUGGCCAUCCAGGAGGAAUUCAGCAUUGUAGUAACAGCAGAUUCAGACAGAGAAAUUCAGGUAGACAUCCUGGAGCUAUACUUUGAGAAUAAGAGGCAUUCUGGUGGAGGGCCUGUGAAGUCCUGCAUUAAAGAUGGACAACAAUUCAUCGUCACCUUUGAAAAAAAAGAAGAUGCCCAAGAGGUUUUGCAAAGAGAUUGUCACCAAGUCAGUAAAAUUGUACUUCAUGUCAAAAAAUACCAGCAGGAAUUGAGUCAAGAGCCAUCAUCUUCUCAAGUGGUUCUUGAGAAUGUGCCGAAGACUACAAUUGAGUGCAUGGUCAUUCUGUUGGUAGAGACUGUGAGUGGCCUCUCAGAAGAAGAUAAGGAUUUUGAUGUGGAAAUGAUGCCUGAGUGCAAUGCUGCUGUCAUCACUUUUAUCAACCUCAUCGAAAUAGACAAAUUUAUCAAAGCAUUCAACCGGUACCAUAGGGUUCAGCAACAAAAGAUUUCAGCUCGAUCUUUGGAAAUGCCUAAAAGCAUCUUGGUUGAAAAUAUUCCCCCUGAAAUUCCUAAAGACUAUAUUGUUAUCUAUUUUGAAAGCAAGAAGCACGGUGGUGGUCUGGUGCUGAAUAUCAGUUACACUCCUGAAGACAAUUCUGCCAUAAUCACAUUUCAGGAGAGCAAAGUUGUAGCUUCCAUCUUGCAGCAAAAGCAUUCUCUUAUGAAUGUCCCUGUUUCUGUUUAUCCGUACUAUGAAUCUUUUGGAGCUGCCCUGUAUGGCAAAGAAAGACUACAAAUUAAGAUGCCAGAUCCAUUCCCUGUGUCUAUUGACCCCUAUCACUGGAGGUUUCUACAGCAGAACUACCGUUUACUUCAGGAAAUAACACGCGAAAUGGCAGGCCAUUGUUGUGAGAUCAAAUGGCCUUCCGAACUCUGUGGAAAUCCGGAAAUCAUGGUACAUCCUUCCCAUGAGUUGUCAAAGAGAAAACGAUCCUUGGUUAAGAUCUGGAAAGAAGACGCCUUAACUCUUCUUACACAGAUCCUGUCACGGCAGAAAGUUGUCAAGCAUGAAAUAAAUUCUGAAUUGUGGGACGCCAUAAGAAACAGUCUAGUAAAAGAUGACAUUUUGAUCAUAACAGAUGCUUCAAAGAGAGAGGUGGUUUUGGUCGGGGCAGCAGACAGUGUAAAGGAAGCAGAGGAGGAAAUGAAGGUGCUCAUAGCAAAUGCUGUUAGAAAGAUGGAUAGAGAGAGAUUGACAAUAGAGGAAACCGUAUUGAUUCCUGCUUGCAAAUAUGCCAUUUUAUGCAAUGGUGGACUACAAGAGAACAUUUGCUCAGCAUAUCCAGAGCUAAAGAUUACUUAUGACACUUCCAAAGAACGUAUAACUCUGCGUGGCCUACCUGCUGAAGUGUUUAAAAUAAAAAGUGACAUCCUUGAAAAAAUGUCCAGCAUGGUUCAGAAGCCUGUUGAUAUUCAUUCUAAUAUUUUUGUUUUUCUUCAACAUGUUGAUAAUGAGUCUCUGUCUCGGCUCUUAUUCUGGACCAAAAAGAUAAAUGCCUACUAUGAACUCAGUGAUAAGUCUGUACUACUGUUUGGACGAAUUCUUCAGGACCUUCAAAGAGCUGAGGAAGAACUCAAGAAAGAUCUGACUUACCAAAGUAUUGAACUUGAGGAUUGCACAGUUACAAAAAAGAAUGAAUGGCUGGAACUAACAGAGCAAUUGUACAAGGCGUACAAUUGUUCGGGUGAAACCAUCUUCAUUCAAGAACAGGAAGGUAAAAUAGUCGUUGCAGGUUAUUUCAAAGAAGUGGCCACCGCUCAUCAGAAACUCUCCGAUUUUGUUGACAACCAUACAUACAUUCAGAGAAAUAUAGGUGCUAAGUCUGCUGCUGUUGUAAUGUAUAUACAACAGGAAAAGAGCCCAAGCUGGAAUAAUUUAAAUGAACAAGGUGUAAAAAUACAUUUUGGUAUACUGAAAAGUCGCAAAGUGAUUUCCCUUGAAGGACCCAAAGGUGCAGUUCUGAAGGGAGUCGAGCUUUUUCAUAACAUUCUGUCUUCUCUCCAUGUUAUCAGCAUAGCCAUUGAUAAACCAGGGGCCAAGUCAUUCUUCAAAGAACGAGAAGAAUUGUACAUUAAUGGUGCAAGACAAAGAUUUAACUGUUUGAUCAGGAUUCAGGAAGGCACAGAAGAGGUUGAAGAAACUGGGAAAGAUGGGAACAGCUAUGGAGAGGACCAGCAGUCAUGCUAUAAAGUGAAGCUAGGAAAUGGUAUUCUGGUAGCUCUUCUGAAAGCCGACAUGACCAAGUGUUCGGCUGAUGUUGUAGUCAAUGCAUCGAACGGAGAAUUGAUUCAUAUUGGUGGUCUUGCAAGUAGGCUGCUGGAAGCAGCGGGUCCAGAGCUACAAAAAGAGUGUAAGGACCAUGUGAAGGAACAUGGAGCUUUGAAGCCUGGUUGUGUAACAAUCACAAGUGCUUGGAAGCUGCCAUGUAAACAGGUGAUUCAUGCUGUUGGGCCAAGGUGGCAAAUUGCCAAAAAAGAAAAAUGUAUACAGCUGUUAAAAAAUACUGUGAAGGAAAGUUUAAGGCUAGCAGUCCGCUGCCAGCAUCGCUCUAUAGCUAUCCCUGCCAUAAGUUCUGGAAUUUUUGGGUUUCCAUUAAAAGAGUGUACCCAUUCCAUUGUAACAGCCAUCAAAGAAAGCUUAGAAGAUUUUUCUGAGAACAGCUGCCUAAAACAGAUUUACCUUAUGGAUAUUAAAGAUGAUACUAUUCAAGCUUUCUCUGAAGCCCUAAAUGAAAUAUUUGGGCCCUCACUUUCUACAACCUACCCGUUUCCCAAAACUAAGCAAUCUGCUGCAAAAAUCCAACCAGAACGGGAAAUGUUGAUGACAGCUGAAGGGUUAAAAAUAUUGCUUCUGAAGAAAGGAAUUGAAGAGGCAGCAACGGAUGUGAUUGUCAAUAGUGUUGCCAGAGACUUGCAGCUGGACAAAGGACCACUUUCCAAGGCCCUUCUGGCCAAAGCAGGAGCAGAACUCCAAGUGGAGUUAACCCAAGAAGGUCAAGGGAAAGACAUCAAGGAAGGCUGUGUGCUCAAAACCAGUGGAUAUGCUCUGAGCUGCCUUCAUGUUCUUCAUGCUAUUUUACCUGCUUGGAAUCGAAGGAAGAAAUCGGAAAGCAAGGAUUUAGGGAACAUAAUUGAGAAAUGCCUGAAAGUCACCGAACAACUCUCCCUGAGUUCCAUCACCUUCCCAGCUAUUGGAACCGGAAAUCUCGGCUAUCCUAAGCAAUAUGUGGCUAAAACGUUUUUUGAUGAAGUUUUCAAAUUCAGUCAAGCUGAAAAUCCAAAGUCCCUUAAAGAAGUUCAUUUUGUGCUUCAUUCCAGGGAUGCCACCACCAUCCAGGCAUUCAUGGAUGAAUUAAACAGUAGGUUGAGUGUAAGCCAAACAAGCUCUCCAGUGCCCAAAGCUUCAUCUGAGAAUUUUCAGCAGGAAAGUCAAGUUUUUUUUGAGCCGAGUUCAAGUGUAAAAUAUGGAAUUCUUAAAAUGCAAAUUGGCUCAGUUGAACUGCAACUGGAAGAGGGAGAUCUUACUGAACAGAAGACAGAUGCCAUCGUAAACAUAACCAAUCACACGUUUAAUCUCAGAAAUGGUGUUUCCAAAGCAAUUAUGGAAAGUGCUGGUCCAGAGGUGGUGAAAGAAUGUAAUGAUCUGGCUUCCCAGCCACACAAUAACCUCAUAUGCACUCAAGGAGGAAAUCUGCCUUGUAAAAGUAUAAUCCAUCUUGUGCACAGCGAUGAUAUAAAAAAACAAGUCUCUCAAACACUCAAGGAAUGUGAGCAGAGGCAAUUUACAUCUGUUGCAUUUCCAGCAAUUGGGACAGGAAUUGCAAAACGCGAUCCGGUUAGGGCAGCUGAUAGCAUGAUUGAUGCUGUCGUGGACUAUGCAAGUACAACAUCACCCCCCGGGGUGAGAGAAAUUAAAAUAAUCAUUUUCCAGCCACAUCUACUAGAUGUAUUUUAUGCAAGCAUGCAGAAGAAGGGAAUCACAGCUAGUAAAUCUGGUAGUGGUAUGCGUACACCGAAAUCCUUUUUCUCAAAAGUAGCAGAAUUCUUUACCACUAAAAAACCUGCUGUGGAAUUAAAACCUGCCUUAUUUUUGGAGAAAACAGUUGAGCCAGUCAUUUUUCAGAUUUGCGGUGACCACCAGAAAAAUGUGGAAAAUGCAGCGGCGUGGAUUAAGAGCCUGAUUUUAGAGUCCCAGAAUGAAUAUAUUAUCUCGGAUGAAUGGAUCUCAAACUUUGGAGAAAGCGAAUAUAAAAACCUGGAAAAACUCCAGAAAAAGUUGCACAUUGCCAUUAAACUAGAUAAUGAAGCUUUUCCUCCUUCGCUUUGUAUUUGUGGGAUAACUAAAGAUGUCUUGCAUGCCAGUACAGAAAUACAGACAAUGAUCAGAAGGAUCCGAGAGGAUAGAGAAGAAAAAUCCAAGGCAGAUCUUCUGACAAACCUUGUAUUGUGGCGUUAUGAAGACAAUGGGCAAUAUAGAUCUUUUGACAGUCUGACCAAUAUGCAGAUAGAAGCUGCAGCACAACAUCAGAGGCUGCAUGAGCUGACCAUAAACAACAAGUGUUACAAAGUGGACCUUAGUAAAAUGCAGGCUGUCGAUGACCAGGGAAAGUGCAUUGCCCUUCGGCGUGUUGCAAAAGUAGAAGAUAAUCCAGCAACCGCAAUUCCUGAAGAGUGGGAUGCCAUGGAGGAAACGAUGCGUAUUAAAGUGGUGGAGCUGAAACCAGAAAUGACGGAAUAUAAAAAAGUCCAGGAUAUGUUUAACCGAACAUGCAAGGAUUAUACCAUUCAAAAGAUUGAGAGGAUACAAAAUCCCUACUAUUGGCAGGCAUACCAAAUAAAAAAGCAGGAGAUGGAUGCCAAGAACGGCAGCAUAAAUAACGAGAGGCUCCUUUUUCAUGGAACAGCCAGUACAUCCUUAACCCACAUAAACAGCACCGGCUUUAACAGGAGUUACGCUGGAUUGCAUGCUGCCUAUUUCGGAAAUGGAACUUACUUUGCCGUAAAUGCCUCUUAUUCUGCCCAUGAUACCUAUUCGCAACCAGAUGCAUCUGGGAUAAAAUACAUGUACCUUGCCAGAGUGCUUGUGGGAGAAUAUUGUGUUGGGUCAAAAGGAUUAGUCGUCCCAUAUCAAAAAAAUGUGACCGAUCCAACUGAUCUAUAUGACAGCGUAACUGAUCACCUGAGAAAACCCAGCAUUUUUGUAAUAUUCAACGACAUCCAAGCAUAUCCUGAGUAUCUCAUUACAUUUAAAGUUUAACUAACCAAGUUUCCAUAACUUGGUUAAACUUAAUAAUGCAAAAAAUAAAAAAAAAUUGAAUGAUGUAUUCAUGUGCUUUUGUAAAAAAGAACAAACGAUGUCUGAAUGAAUAAAAUAAUGCACUAU